GCUUCCCACGUUUAUGAAUCAGCUGCAAAAGCUUCUCGAAGCCGUGAAGAGGACGUUUGGGAACCUCUCGUUUGCGGAGAGGACAGUCAUCGCCGCAUACGUCGUCCCCGAAAUCGAGUCUUCCCUGGAGUCGCUGUUCCAGCUCAUUGCUGAAGCCAAGCGAGCGCUGGACCUUAUCAUCAGCCGAAUGACCAACGACAAGAUGACCACAGAACCGUACGUCGCCGACUUGCCCGUCGGCGAGCUGCUCAACCGGAACCUCAGAAACUCCCUAAACGUACGAGAGUUGGUGAAGUUGCGGAGUUUCUACGAAAAGGUUUUCAUGACCUUCAUCACUCUCAUGCGGAAGAAGGAAAGCUUCUGUGACAUGGGAGGCGGCAGCAAGAUUCGAUCUGUGGCGAAGAACUUGGAACAGUUCAUCGAUGAGAUUCCCAUGCUGCUGCUUCGGAUCGAGGAACUGCGGUCGGCGGUGCUCGAGAAGCAGAGCUGCAAGGAGUGGAAGUUCCUGUUCAAGUUGGGAACAUCCAAAGUGGCGUGGGUACUGAACAAACUGGUGAGCCACCGCGAGACGCUUCACCUGGUGAUGACGCGCCUCUGCGACCUGGUGGCGCGUGACCAGUUCACCGCAGCGCUCGUCGAGCUGGGAAUCGUCGUCCCGACAGGCGAGGCGCACCAGAACGGCGUCGCCGGAGACGAAGACGACGACGACAUCAAUGCCUCGCCCGCCGGCACGACGGCGGAAGAGGGGGGCGUUCCCUGCGGCGGAAGCGCCGCUGGACUUGCCGUAGCCUCCGCCGAGCCUGAACAACCGCACAGCGAACCAAUAGAGUCCUUGUGCCAGCCGCCGCCGGCCAGGGACAGCCGGCUGGCCAGGGACAGCUUGCGUCUCUUCCUGGACGGCAAGGACACAGACAUGUCCUUCGAGAUAGUUGCGGCACCGGGCUACGGUGGCGAUACAAGUCCGGAGCCGGUCAACGACACCGUUUCGGGCAUGCAUUGGCAGAUCGGAGCCCACCGCGUCGUCGUGGCGACCCGCUGCAAUUGGUUCAAGAAGGCGCUUCUCAGCGGCAUGCGGGAAUCCAUCGACCGGAAAAUAACGGUGCACGACACGCACCCAGAAGUGUUUCAGCUCUUCCUCGAGUACCUGUACCGCGGCUGCCUCGACUCGCGGCAACUCACCACCGAGCAGCUGGUCGAACUGAUGCAGCUCGGCGACCGGUACGAGGUCGACUUGCUGAAGCAGAUCGCUGAAGACGCUCUUCGUGAUCAUUUGGACGAAGACUCGGCCCUGUUCCUUCUCAAUUUGGCCGACCAGCUCAAUGCCAGAAAUCUGAGGAAUUCGGCGCUCGAGUUUGUCGCCAUCAACAAGGACGUCGUGAAAAGCGACGGCUACUCCGAGCUUCCGGACGACCUGCAGACCGAAAUAAUGGAGACCAUUACGUGGUUUGAGCUCAGAAGUUCUCAGCGAUCCGAAGAUGUGAUACCAUUCGGGUGCCAGUUCGAGCCCGCCAGUCCCAGCUCGGCAUCGUCCAGCCUACUCGACAUUGACGAGUUUGCCUCGGCGCUGAGCAUCUCUGGGAAGGAGACGGAUGCAACGCAGGCGGAGCAGGGAGCCGCGCACUCAAGCGCCUGGAGUUCGCUGGAGGAGCUCCCGCUGACGCAGGACUCUGCGCAGCUCGAGGUCUGCGUCGAGCAGCUGCGCGACGUCGUCGGCGAGGCGGUGCCUCGCGAGGCGCUCGUGCAGAACACCGAGAGUGAUUUAUACAGCCACACCUCCCGUCAGCAGGGUUGAUCUGUUUAGCCAACAACCCCCCUUGUGAGGAAUCUGGCAAAUAAACGUACUGUGAAACUUUUGUCA